AUGUCUUUCCAUUUUGCGCUUUAUGCCGUUUCCAUCUGCCUCUACUAUAUUCCUGGUGCGGCGUCAAGCUUUUCACGAGCAGGGACUGGAAACGCUACGCUCAAGUGCAGAUUCACGGAAGCUUCUGACGAGACAUGGCAUCAAUGCGACUGCGUGCCAGUGGGGAGCGAUGGUUCCGUGCACGUGAUUUGCAGACAAAUGUUGGCCUCCACAAUACCUUCACUGCCGCUCGUCGACUAUCAACCUCAACCUCCUGCAAGUAUCGUGGCUCUGUCAAUGACCGAGGGAGGACUGGCGUUCGUGCAGCAGGAUGCUUUCCGAAUGCACGACAUUCAGGCACUGGACUUCACCAACAAUCAGAUUCAGACAGUGAAUGUGAAUGCCUUCCGGGGAUUAGAGAUGAAGCUGACCCAUCUGAGUUUCAAACAAAACAAUCUAUCAGUUAUUCCAUCGUGGGCGCUGACGUAUCUGCAUCACUUGCAAGUUUUGCGCCUCGACGGCAACCGAAUCAGUCAUAUCCGACCGAAUACUUUCGACGAAACCCAACUCAAUAAUCUUCACUUCCUUCACUUAGAUAACAAUCAGAUAUCAAUCAUUCCAAACAUGGCUUUCGCUAGACUACGACUCAUUGUCCUUACUUUGUCAAACAAUCGUAUCACACAUUUGGAGAAGCUAUCUCUGCCACCUUCGCUGAGUAUUCUUGAAUUGAGGAAUAACCUACUCACACAGAUUCCUUACUUGGCUUUGAAGGACAAGACAGCACUACAAGUUUUGGAUCUUGACUCAAACAAUAUUUCGUCGCUCGAAUAUAACCCUGAAGUACUUUUCAAAACAGAGCUCAGGCUCGUUCUGCGGAACAACAAAAUCCGAACACUGACGCCAACGUCACUGAAGAGCUUCAGGAAGUUCAAGGAACUUGAUUUGAGCUACAAUCAAAUAUCCAGCAUUUCUUCUUCUGCAUUCGAAAGCAUCAGCCAAGUGAAAACCCUCGAUCUCAGCUACAAUACACUUGCCUAUAUUGCUCGCGGGACGUUCAAAAACCUAGCGAAAAACCUCGAACGACUGAAUAUCGAAGAAAACAUCUUCCAUGCGGUUCCAGCGGCACUCAGCGAUCUCAGAAACUUGACUCAUCUAAGUAUGAACGGAAACAAAUUGACUAAGGUGGAUGAGGAACCUUUCGCAGGGCUGAAAGAGGUACUCAUCGAUCUGUCACUCGCGUACAAUCGGCUCAAAAUUAUUCCUACGAAAGCGCUCAACGGGAUGGUCCGCUUGCAACAUUUAGAUUUGUCAAAGAACAGCAUCAAACAGCUCGACCGACUAGCAUUCGGCACAACUGAUGGUGUGGGCUCGAGUCUGGUACAUCUGAACCUUGCUGGAAAUCAUCUUAAGAUCAUCGAUGACCCCAGUGUAUUUCUCCACAUGACAUCGCUAGCAUAUCUUGACCUUUCGUACAACAAACUGGAACAGAUUGACCCUAAGACUUUUGAGAAGUUGCCAGGAUUGGAAAGACUAUACCUUCAGAAUAACAAACUCCAACAAUUUCCCAUGCUCACUGAGCAGAGAAUGCAGAACUUGAGGCAACUGAACCUGGACAACAAUCUGAUUGGAGAAUUACCCGAUCAUGCUCUCUACUCCACCCAGCGCUUAGAACACCUUUCUCUAGCCGGAAAUCGGAUAACUUCCAUUGGCGACAACGUCUUUCACUCAAGUAGCUCAAAAGGAUUGAAGUCGCUGAAUCUCGCCGGAAAUCGAAUUUCAAGCAUUUCGAAAAGGGCUUUUCAGCUGAUGGAAAAUCUUCAGGUCUUGAAACUCAACAAUAACAGACUUCGCACAAUUGACACUACGGUCUUUGCUGAGCUUAAAAACCUGCGGUACGUGGAUCUCUCAAACAACAACAUCGUUCACAUUCUUCCGCAAGCUUUCACAAGUCUUCCUCUGAUCGACACACUACUCCUUCACCAUAAUGAGAUCGAACGAAUCGACAAAUCUGCAUUUCACCGAAUCGCCAGGAUCGAGACAUUAGAUCUCAGUCACAACUUCUUAAAGAACUUCACUUGUGAACAACUCGGCUCCGUUCAGACGAUAUUCAACCUCAACCUCGCCCACAAUCGGAUCGCACAGACGGAUCUCACAUGUAUUCUGCGAAGUCUCAUUCACUUAGACCUCGGUCACAACGCAUUAGAAACUUUCAAAAAGAGCAUGAUGGAUGGCGCCGACAAGUUGCUUGAAAUUAUUCUCAGAGGCAAUGGCAUUCUUGAGCUGCAAGGCCAAGCAUUUGCAUGCUGUCCAAAGCUCUCAACUGUCGACUUGUCACACAAUCAUCUACGCACAAUUUACAAAGACACUUUCACUAGCCAGGAGCUUUUACAUCACUUGGACAUCAGCCACAAUGCUCUUCAAGGCCUUCAACCUGGAUGCUUUGGCAAAAAUAAUAUCCUGUCGUUGGACGUCGCUGCAAAUGAGCUCACAAAAGUGCCGACUGACGCUUUGCGGACCACAUCAGCCACUCUGGCAGUUCUUAACAUGGACGAGAACCUUAUUCGGACUCUCGACUCGUCGCAGUUUUUCGAGCUAAGGAAUUUAACGAGACUAGUGAUAUCACGGAAUCGUAUUGAGACUAUAGAAGAAGGCGCAUUUGAGCAUCUCCCUUCGCUGAAAUAUCUGGAUAUUAGCAACAAUCCCGUCAGCACUUGGAGCCCCUCCGCGUUCAGGGAUAUGAGCAACACAAUGGACGACCUCAAUCUUGCCAACACUGGACUUUUUUCAAUACCACGAAUGAGUCAUCACGCAAUACGCCACUUCAAUCUUAGCAUGAACAAAAUUUAUGACAUCAGUCGCUCCGAUUUGGCAAGAACAGCGCACCUUCAUUCUCUCGACAUCUCGUUCAAUAAUCUCGUCCGCUUUGAACAUGACGUCUUCGAUGACCUUGUUAAUCUCAAAACACUCAACAUCAGCGGAAAUCCAAUCACAGAGAUUCUCGGAGAACAGCUUGAAUCUCUCUAUCAGAUGUAUAACCUCGCCACAACUGCACAUCCAUAUAAUGUAACUCAUAUUAUCCAACAUAUGCCACCUUUGCGAUCACUUCACAUUGAAUUUCGAGAACCAGUUAUUGACACACAACUGCGAGACAUUGACAUGACACACGUCAGGAAGUUGACCAUCACUGGAUCAAACAUCACAAAUAUCAGCUCGACCGCGCUUCACAUGCUCCGAGGCUAUCGAGUUCAGCUAACAAUUCGGAACACUUCCAUACAAGAAUUUCCCACAUCACUUCUCACUACUCUCGGCAACAUAUACUUUCUUUCCUUAUCUCUUCCGAAUAAUCAGAUUCGAUCGAUAAAUCCGUUCAAAAACACAGAUCAGCCAUGGGUGAAUCACCACGGCACAAUACUAGAAGCAAUCGAAUUGACGGGAAAUCCUCUUCAAUGUGACUGCGCUAUGGCUUGGGUGUCUGAAUGGAUUCAAACGUCACACACAAAUGCUCAAGAUCUCGAACAAGCUCACUGCGAGCACCAAGGAGCUUCCAUCAAUAGCUCCCUCACAUACGUGUACAGCACUAAGUAUUUGAAUUCUUCGCAUUGUUAUCAAUCGAACGGGCAAUCAAUUAACUCAGUGCUACCACUGAUUUUGAUAAUAUGGGUAUUAUUAUUUGUUCUCUGGAUCGACCAAAAAUAA